AUGUUGCAUUUGUUUCUUAUCUCUGUACAGAUAAUCAAUAGAACUCUGCCCUCCCAGAACACAGCCAAUCUCACCAUGGUGACAGGAUUCUUCCUCAUGGACUUUUCCAACAUCUGGGAGCUACAAGCCUUACAUGCCAUGUCCUUCUUGCUAAUUUACCUGGUGGCUCUGAUAGGGAACCUGCUCAUCUUUACACUCAUCACUCUAGAUGGCCACCUCCACACUCCCAUGUAUUUCUUCCUGAAGAAUUUGUCCUUUUUAGAUCUUUGCCUUAUUUCUGUCACUGUCCCCAAAUCUAUUGAAAACUCCCUAAGCAGAAGUUGUUCCAUCUCUUUCUUUGGGUGUGUGUUACAAGUCUUUUUAGUAAUUUUAUUUGCAGGAUCAGAGAUUUUACUUCUCAUAGUGAUGUCCUAUGACCGCUACAUAGCUAUCUGCCAACCUUUACGCUACAAAACCAUAAUGAACAAAGGAUUUUGUAGGAGAAUGGCAACUUCUUCAUGGCUCAUUGGAGGACUUUUUGGGGCCAUGCACUCAGCUAGGACAUUCUCUUUACCCUUCUGUGGCCACAAGGAGAUCCAUCAGUUCUUCUAUGAUGUCCCUUCCUUACUCAGGAUCUCCUGUGCUGAGACACACAUUGCAGCUGAUGUCGGUGUGGCCCUUGGGAUCACUUUAGCAAUAUUCUGUUGCAUCUCUGUAGCUAUCUCUUAUGGUCACAUCUUCUCAACUGUGUUGAAGAUUCCCACUACAGAAGGUCGCUCAAAAGCUUUCUCCACUUGUCUGCCCCAUCUCAUUGUUCUCAUGGUUUUCAUUACAACUGGGAUCCUGUCUUAUAUAAAGUCACCCUUAGACUCUGAUUCAGUUCUGGAUCUGUUGUUAUCAGUGCUCUAUUCAGUGGUGCCACCAACUCUGAACCCUGUCAUUUAUAGCCUUAGGAAUAGGGACAUAAAGAUGUCUUUGAGGAAGCUUUUAACCCGGAAACAUUUCUUAUAG